AUGGCGCUUAAACGUAUUAACAAGGAGCUCAAUGACCUAAGCAAGGACCCGCCUACAAAUUGUUCUGCGGGGCCUGUUGGAGAUGAUCUGUUUCAUUGGCAGGCCACGAUUAUGGGCCCUGAAGAUAGCCCUUAUACGGGCGGUGUUUUCUUCUUAAAUAUUCAUUUUCCCUCCGACUAUCCAUUUAAACCCCCAAAGGUGAACUUUACUACAAAGAUAUACCACCCUAAUAUUAAUGGCCAAGGGGCAAUCUGUUUAGAUAUAUUAAAGGACCAAUGGUCUCCUGCCUUGACCAUCAGCAAAGUAUUAUUAUCUAUCUCUUCUCUACUUACAGACCCCAAUCCAGGUAAUUAG